CACGUCUCCACACUCAACCCCCACGAUCACUUUUUCUUACACCUACAAUCUCUCUUUCCUCCAUCUUCACCUUCCCUUGUUCCUUCUUCCUCUGACUCCAUGGCAAACAAAGGCAAAUCGUUUGCGGAUAUGGGCAUACUAACUCUAUCAAACGACGACUGCCGAUCCACCCCAAGUCUCGCAGACUAUCUUUCAUUCACGAGCAAGACAUCUAUUGUGGCCGAGUACGAGUUCAUCCACCUGUCCCCUUUCCCUCGAGAAGUGAAGCAGUUAAUUAAAAAUCUUGGCUGGGAAAAUUUCUUUGAUCUCCGGAGUCGAGGAAGCACCAGUUACUGCCCGCAUGUGGUGAGGAAGUUCUACCACAAUUUAGAGCUGUCUGGUCCCUCCGAUUCUCAUCUCGUGUCGGUCUUCCUGGGUUAUAGAGCCUGCUUCCAGCCUCAUCAGUUUGCUGAGAUCCUCGAUAUCCCCGCCGCAGGACACCACAUUGAUAGCAGAAGCGAUCUUCGGCUGUACGAUUUUGAGUUCAAAGUUGAACUGGCGAGACUGACGAAUGGGCGCAUCCAGGCUUCUUUCCUCCCAGAUCCUCUUCGAUUCCUCCAUUGGAUGAUCGUCAACUGCUUCAUGCCAAGGUACAGUGGUCAUUCGAUAAUUCGUAAACUUGACCUGUUUAUCCUUGUGCAAGCUCAAAGAGGUGUUCCUCUUAACCUCGCAUCUCUCAUGUGCAUGAACAUGGUUGAGGCUGCUCCUAGAGGGGUAAACUGGUACACUGCCUUUCCAUAUGCCACCUUCUUGACCACCUUUCUUGGAAGGGUUGGGAUGGAUAUGGGGGUUUAUGCUAGGGAGGACCAUUCCGCCUAUUUGCCAGUCUACCGUAUCGUCGAAGUGACCAAUACUUUUUAUGACCUUCGGCAUACGGAGCAUGAAGAGACCCCUGAGGCAUCCUCAAGCAAACGUCCUCGGCUUACAUGAGAGUCGAUUGAUGCAGGGCGGGGUGGAGCAGUGAAGGGGCUAGCAUUGGAUGUGUUUUGUUAAGAAGUUUACUGUAAGGCUUCGUUGUUUUUUUUUUUUCCAGUCUUUUUCUCCAGCACUCAAAACUGUCAGGUACUGAGGGGAGCCAGUACAUUAUCUGACUAGGAAAGUCUCCCAUUUUUUUAAUUAUCCAGAAAAAUAUUUUUCUAUGCAUGCAGUAUUUUGUGAAUUUGCCAUGGCUAAUUUCCCUAAGACAGGUGACGAGAUGCAGUAAUAGUCAUCCCUAAGCAAGGAGGUGCAAUUGCAUCCUACACUUGCUAUGAUGUGAGAAGCUAUUGCAAGGGUGCAAAUUUGGUUGCAAUUGAAAUUGGCCCACGAGUGGGGACUAUUGAUGAAAUUGCAAUGUUUUCUCAAAAUUAUAGAAGUGGAAGUAGGGACUACCUAUGAAAUUGCAAAUGAAUUUAAAUCCGCUUU